AGAGCUUGUCUGUUGAAAGGCUGGCUUAGGCAGCAAAAGGAUGUCCUCUGUCCUGUUGUUCAGUUGAAUGUACGAGGUGGAUCUAUCUGUCCAUUCCGGUCCGAGGGAAUGCAUGUGCUUUUAGUUUGCAUUAAAACUACACAGACUUAUGGGAGCACUAUUAGACUUGAUCUAGCCUGUGGUCUGUCUCUCUAGACUGGAGUGAAACUGUGCUCGGUUACUGGUUCUAUAGGCAGCGGUUGCUAGCAGGGGAGGACCACAGCCAACUCAGACGUCCCUACUGUACCUAGACUGAACUUGAUGCACAACCAUUCUGGACUGAGGUGUCCAUUGCCCCAAAUGAAGUGUGAAAUCAAAUCACAGUGAUAAUCACACAGGCAGGGCACUCGCUGGACGCUACAGUAAUAUAUGUGAGAUGAAGGCCCAGCGAUGCUGCUGAGAUCCCCUCCGCCUCCUCGCCUCUGACGCCACUAUGCUGAAGACGGAGGCCUCGGGGGAGAGGACCACUCUCCGGAGCGCCUCCCCUCACCGCAACGCCUAUAGGACAGAGUUCCAGGCCCUGAAGAAGGCUUUCGACCAGCCGCCCCGACAGGACAGCAAGGAGCCCCAGCUCAAGGACCCUGAGCGGGUCACCCAGCGUCGAGGACGACAGUAUGGCGCACACGUCAGCCGCAUCAAGGACAUGUUCAUGCAGAUGCAGGGCACAGAGAGCACCGUCGCCGCCACCAGGCGGGAAGACCCAUCGCCUCAGAAGAUAACCAAGCCCACCAACUUCAUCAACAAUGAGGACGGCUCGGUCAUCAAGCUGACGCAGCACCCUACAGCAGACCGAACCAGUGCAGGGUCAAAGGUCAUAGAGACCAGGAGGCUGUUUGAGCAGCAGUCGCGCGACGCCUCCCAGUCACCCGUCUACUCCUACGGUCGGGAGAAGAGGGGUUCUUAUGAGCACCUGGACGACUGGCGAGGGGCACGCUCCAACAGGGGCAGUACAGACUCCCUGGACUCGCUGUGUUCCAGAACGGAAGCCCAGUCACCCACAGUCAGCCAGCUGAGCGCUGUGUUUGAGAACGUCGACCAACAGGGAGGGGGAGGAGGGGGCGAGGGUCCGUUCCGGCGAGGCUACCGAGGCCGGGCACUAUACUCCCCUGACAAUUCCCACCGGCACAGCGACGUCAGCGAAGACGACUCGCGCCAGUCCCCGGUGCCUGGCGGAGGGUGCAGGAUCCGCGUGGGGGGAAAAUUCCCCACAUCCUCGUCCUCAGAGGACCUCCUCAGCCCCAGCCCGCUGUCAGAGGCAGUGGAGCUAAAACCCGUCCCGCAGCAGGAGGAGCCCCAGGAGAGAGAGGAGACAGCAGGGGAGUUAGGACAGAGGGACAGAGAGAGACAUCCCAUAAGGGCCACCACCAACGGAGGCAAGGUGAACGGAUCGUGUGAUGAGAAACAGGUGGAGGAAACCGAAACCUUCAGAGAGACGGAGGAAGUCUGCAUGGACUCAAGGCUCACGACUGACACCAUUGUCAGGGACAAGACUUCUGAGGACACCCUGGAUACCCCAGCCACCCCAGCCACCCCAGCCAAGGAUGAAGCACAAGAGGAGGCAGAGGCCCUUGGGGAGGAGGUGGAGAUGGAGAAGGACUCCUCCAGGCCCAGGGUUUCUCCAGAGGACCAGGCAGAAGUGCCCAAUGAGGAAUACAGUGGGAACGAAAGGGUGAUUUUUAACACGGACGGGGACGCGUGCUACCAGGGCUGGGGGGAGAGCUGUACUGACCCUGACGAUGACCUUUAUGGUGACGAUGAUGUCAUCUAUGACCCUGGGAAUGAUCUUACUGAGAUCCCUGGUCUACCAGAAGAAGAGAAGGAGGAUAUCCCUCAGAAGAGGAAACUACGCUUCAGUACCAAACCCAUGAUGGUGUUCAACACCUACUGUAACGAGGACUAUGACAGGAGGAAUGAGGAGGUGGACCCGGUGGCCUCGUCAGCAGAGUACGAACUGGAGAAGAGGGUGGAGAAACUGGAGCUGUUCCCUGUAGAGCUGGAGAAAGAUGAUGAUGGCCUUGGUAUCAGCAUCAUAGGGAUGGGAGUGGGUGCUGACGCCGGUCUGGAGAAACUGGGAAUCUUUGUCAAGACUGUCAUUGAGGGCGGGGCGGCUGAGAGAGAUGACAGUGUGUUUUUUCGUAGGAUCAAAGUGAACGACCAGAUUGUGGAGGUGGACGGCACCAGUCUGGUGGGAGUGACCCAGAGCUUUGCUGCCUCCGUCCUGAGGAACACACAGGGAGUGGUCAGGUUUGUGAUUGGUCGAGAGCGUCCGGGCCAGGUGAGCGAGGUGGCUGCUCUGAUCCAACAGACUCUGGAGCAGGAGAGGAGACAGAGAGAGAUGCUGGAGCAGCAGUAUGCCCAGUAUGCCCAGUACGACGAUGAGACAGGGGAGUACGCCACUGAUGAGGAGGAGGAGGAUGAGGAGGCAGGGCCGGCUGCGGACAGGGCCAGAGACGGGGAGGGCGACGGCGAGAAGAGCAUUGAGGUGUUCGAUUUGCCAGAAGCAGAUGACAUCAUUUCCCCCUCAGAGUUGGAUGCCACCAAACUCUACCAGAAGUUCAGAGAGCUGCAGAUCAAGCACACUGUCACCGAGGCAGAGAUACAGAAGCUCAAAAACAAGCUAGCAGCGGUGGACAGGGAGAAGGCGCGCUGGGAGAAGGAGAAGAGCCAGCUGAAGGCCAGCAUGGAGGAGAACAAGGAGAGGAUGCUGAAGCUGGAGAGUUACUGGAUCGAGGCCCAGACCCUGUGCCACACGGUCAACGAGCACCUGAAGGAGGCCCAGUGCCAGUACACCACCCUAGAGAAGAAGUACAACAAGGCCAAGAAACUCAUCAAAGAUUUCCAGCAGAAAGAGGUGGAGUUUGUCCAGAAGGAGGAUGCAGAGAGGAAGAGGCUGGAGGAUGCAGAGAAGUCCCACCUGGAAGAGAUCCAGGGACUGCAAGUCAGGAUUGCAGCCCUGGAGUUUGAGCUGAUGCAACUGAUGAAACAAAAUGGCAUCCAGGUGAAUAACAACAACAGUGCCCAACGGAGUCCUGGAAAGGCCGGUCCUGCCAGAGAGAUGAGUGAGGCGCUUCCCCACGCUGGUAGCAAACAGAGACUCUCCAGAGGACUACUACAGGACAGCAUCAGCUCUACAGAGGGAGAGGCAUCAGAGGGCCCUGGCAGUACUCGUUCGUCCAUCCGGAGUGCAGCUUCCAGUACUGUGGAUGAGUCCAGACCCUCCAGGGCCCCUGGCAGUGCUGAGGACUCCCCCAGAAAUACUCUCCUCCAGCAGGCUGCAGACAACGAGGGGUCUCAGUCUCCUGUGGUGUCCAGCCCCUCUCUCAGCCUGGAGGAGAAGACCAUCAGGAGAGGUCUGGACCCAGUGACACGAAGCAAAGGGAAGAACCCCAGAAGCUCACCUGGAAACAGUUCUACAGAACCCUCUGCUGAGAAUAGCCCAGAGAAACUCAAGGCCAAGAAAUCUCUUACAUGGCCACACUUCUUCUCCUAUUCAUAUUACUUGGGUCCUGUGGUGAAGGAUGAUCUGAGUGUCAGCAGUAGCAGCUCAGUGGAGGUCAGUGGUCUGCGGACUGAAGCCAAGAAGUCCGGUCGCUCACACAACCUGGUGCUCUCCUCAGACGAGAGUCUGGAUAUGAUAGAUGACGAGAUCCUAGAUGAGGGCCAGUGCCCCAAGCAGCACCAGUGGCAGAACAUCAGUGUGACAGAGUGGACCUCCCAGCAGGUGUCCCGCUGGCUCAUGGGACUAAAUCUGGAGCAGUACAUCCCAGAGUUCACGGUCAACGAUGUGGACGGAGACCAGCUACUGCAGCUGGACAGCACUGAGCUCAAGACCCUUGGCGUUGCCUCCUCCCAGGACCGGGCUCUGAUCAAGAAGAAGGUGAAGGAUCUCAAGGUCCUGAUGGAGAAGGCUCGGCGGAACCGGCAAAAACUUGACAAACGGCGAGCGAAGAAAGAGCUUGAGGAGCAAAAGAAACAGGCCCACAAACCCAGCAACAAGGGCCACUCCGAAACAGCAGGGGGCGCAGCAGAGUAACCCACGCCUUUAAGACCUACCUCUCCUUGUCUUUCUACCAACCACCGCUACCAAGUAACAUCUCCAGGGAUAGAAACAGUCAGCAGAAACACAGAGCUGAACACCUAACAGGGCUUGAGUUCAGGCUGUAGUGGUGGAGGCUGUCGAACUACUGUACCACCAAACAGAUGAUACCAAAAUGAGCAGACAGUUGGAUAGUAAAGAUGCUGCUCCCCCACCUGCCUCUCACCUCGUAGUGUUUCCAAACCUCCUGCUCCAUUACAUUUGAUUUAUUUUGGUGUAAUUUAGAUAUAUUUAUUCAUUUUAAAAGUCUGAGUAUCUUUUUGUGUUCCUCUUUCUAUGAUGUGUUAUAUAAAACACCUUUAGACAUAAUGAAAAAGUAGUGAAUGUACAUAUAUGAUAAUAUAUUGAUAAAUAUGUCUAAUGUGCCAUUUUUUAUAUAGAGAACAUGUUUAUCCUGUGCAGAUAGCUAGAUGGAUUUAUAAAAUCUGAAUCUCCCCUCAUAGCUCUGAUGAAGCACAUUGCAUAUUGUAUAAAAGGCCUGUGUAGUGGAUGGUGGUGUAGUUAAUGAAUCUCACCACUAGGGGCCAGACCUGUGUAGUGGAUGGUGGUGCAAUAUCCAGAUCUCACCACUAGGGCCCAGGCCUGCUGCUUGAAUCCUACCACUGGAGAAUGACAACAACACUGGAACUACUCAAGAGGAACUCAAGUCUAUUGAGCAGACAAGUUUCAAGACUUAGUGGAAUAAGAACCAAGCCUGUGGGAGGAACAAUAAGUAUUCAUGUUCUUUACUGGAACUACACUGGAGAUCCCAACACUGGAAGUUCAACUACUGUAUGAACUAAACCCUUUACUCUGCAUACAGUAAACCUGCCUCUGUAUCGUAUUAGAGCACUUCACACUAUGAAUGACUAAAGUCGUAGUGAGUCGACUGAUUCCUCUUUGUGUGAAGUGAACAUUUCCAUGAAUUUGUAACAUACCAAACCCUGCUCCAAAAACAUUAUGGUGGGAUUUCAAGAGAAGAGUUAUGCAUAAUGUCGCUUCUUCAACCUCUUCCUGUAACCUGCUUUCAACCUCUAGUUGAUGUUAUAUAAAUAACUAAAGUAAUUCCCAACCGCUGCCUUUUCAUAACGCCACCCGCUUUUACCCGAGUGUUAAAAUAGAGUGAGACCACAUUUAGUUAUCCAUUAUUCUAUUUUAUUUCCCAAAUGUCUCUAAGCUGGCAAAUAAGAUGACCAUGCCGUCAUUCUUUUGUGAUUUGAUCUUUUCAGAUGAUUCUCUUUGCGUUGUAUGCCCUGGGAUAACGCAAAGCCUCUUUGGUUAGUAUUCUUAGAACAGGGUGUAGUAUUUACCCCACUAACUGGGUUUAUUGGUUUGUUUAUGUGUUUGUUUGUUUAUUUGGAUCCCCAUUCGUUUUUCCCCGAAGCAGCAGUUACCGUUCUGCGGUCCACAAAAACCCCCACAAAACAUGACAAGGAACAAAAUACUGAUACACUGAUAAACAACAGCAGUCACACACAUUUGAAAUACAACGACACACAAACUAUACAACAACAAAAAUAAAUCAAACAACAAAACUAAACUGAAACAUGAAGAAAGACACAAAAUCAAAGGAGAGGGUUGUAUUUGGUGUACAGGUUCAUUACAGGUUCAUCAUGACCGGGGCCCUUGGUUUCAGCGCGGUACGUACACGAUUACAAACAUUGCACUAGAUACAUGCACGCAAUACAGUCCGACCACUUAGGAUUUUAUAUCUCAAGGUUUCUUAAUUAGAUACCUUUACCUUUUUGAAAUGACAUGGACAUAGUUGCUGUGAUGAUGCUGUAUGCAAUAUGUCUUUUGAUUAUAUGUCAGUCAUUCUGUUCCAUUAUCUUACCCAGGAAUCAUCAUUUGGUCAUGUUUACAUACAAUGUAUGACCAUUGAAAUGUCUCCAUGACGGUGAUGCUGCUGUUUGUUGCAACAGAGUAGGGUGAAGUUGCCCCUUGACACUGAUCUUGUGUCAGUUUUGCAUUUCCUCCACUAACGGUUAAGGUUAGGAUUGGAGGAGAAGAAGCUGAUCCUAGAUCUGUACCUAGGCAAACUUCACCCCUUUGGAUACAGUAGUUCCCAUCCCUGUUAAAGGGAUAGUUCACUCAAAAACAAAACACAUCAGCGUCACAGUUUCUGCUCUGUACUGAAAGUGCUCUAUCUUGAAAACAUGACUGCUGACACGCACAAUUCUGUGGGAUUGUGUUAACAGUGGAUCAAUGAACAAAAUGCUAACGGAUAGUUUUUCAGCGAACUGCCCCUUUAAAGGGACAUAAAUAUGAUAGUACCAUGCAAUGCCACUUAGAUUACACUGGUAUUAAUGUUUAUUUGAUAUUAUUUUUAAUUUUUAUGCUAAAAACAAAGCAUUUUGGCUAUUGUUUAUAAUAACUUAUGCAACAUUAGAGUAUUAACGCAUAAUUCUAAUAUCGAGAAAUUGUAUGAAUACCCUUUUGCCAAAAAAAUCUAAAACAAAUGUUCAUAAAAUGUCUUAAAAAUUAUCAUCAAAUCGAGGGAUUAUCGAGGCUUGGAGUUUGUAUGUUAACCCGAUUUAGGGCUCUAUUCACUCCGUGGCGCUGAAGAACCGCUUUAUAGUGCGGUUGACAAUUAAAUGCAAUGUUCCCACAGUCAGAGAGACUGCAUUCAUGGUAAACACUGCAUAUGUCAGAUCAAUCGGAAAUUGCCUUAACAUCACACGGAUCUUCCGCGAUACUUCGGCGAUAUGGAUUGAAUCCAGCCCUUAAAUUGCAUAACCUGAGCAACAACAACAAAAUCCCCUUCCUCUUUCAUUGUGAUUGUAGUUGCAGCGUCCUUCCUGUCACGUUACCCCACUGCUACUCUUAUAACAGAGCGUCUGGGGUUAUGCUACGAUGAAACCCUUUUGCAACACUACUCCAACCUAUUCCCAACGCUCACCCACCCAGUCUACCAUUGGAUAGCACUCUAUGACUUUUGUAUGUACAGUAAAAGCUGAAAGCAAUAUGUUGUAUUAAGAAGCCUUGUUUUCUACUGUGUCAGUACGCUGCCUGUGUACAGUUUAUGUGACCUUUGGGGCUGGGGUUGUGGCUGUGGCUGGG